UUGGUUCUCGCCUCUAAAUGUUUCGGAUUUUGUAGGGAUGCGACGUAUUCGUGUUUGGAUUGCGGACAGAAAUUUACCCUGCAAACAUAUAAAAGCCACAUAAAGUGCUUAUCCGAAAACAAAAAAUACGGUGGGAGCAAAUAUGUCGAAAAAGAAAACAAAGUAAUUUUUUAUGUGAAUGAAAUGGCUUUCACACGCGGCGAGGUGAAGCAAAGCCGUUGGGUUGAACAGGUGGAACGAGCAAUAGAGAAUGUGCGGGAACCGAGCUUAAAAAAACUUCUUGAGCAAAUCCUUGGCUAUGCCAAUAUACCGAGAAAAGAAGCAAAAUUUAUCAAUUUCCUGCAAAACUCAAGAAACAUUAGGGAUCGAGACAUCUGUACCAGGGCAUGGAAUUGCAUAGCAGAAGAAGCUAAAAAGAUGCAAAAUGGGACGACUAUGGAACAAAGUAAUAAUCGUAGUGAAGCUAACAACCAAUGCGACAUGGAAGUUUCAUCAAAUGCGGAGGAAAAAUUACGAAGCAAUGCUCAUAAAGAAGAGCAAAAUUCAGAAGAAAAGGCUGAGGUGAGUUUCAGUUCCAGCCGAGUGGUAUUUAUCGUUUCUGGUCAAGCAGCAACAAGUAAUGGUGUGAAGAAAUUCAAAUGGAAACGUGCCAUUAAACGUAAAUUGGAAGAAGCAAAAGACAAUGAAAUGAAGGUGAAACGAUUGAGAAGCGAAGUGAUCAAGUGCUUUUUGGAGACGAACGGAGACAGCAGCAAUGACGUGGAUUUGAAAGCGAUUUUUAGUGAUAAGCUUCAGAAACUUGGAUUGCAAAUUCACGACAAAAAAGUGCGCUUGAAAUAAUG